AUGGCACUAAGCCUACUUCUUCAAUUGUUCAUAUUCUAUUCAAUACUAUACUUAUCCAAUACUCAAGGGCAGUUUUAUGAAGUAAAACCUGCGGAUAUAUCAGCUUUAAUCGGAUCUAAUGUUACUAUUCCAUGUGUUAUUGCUCCACCUCAUGGUGAUGUUCAAUGGACUAAAGAUGGACUUGCUUUAGGUUAUGAUCGACAACUUCCUGCUUUUCCUUCGUGGUCAAUUAUAGGCGAUGAAAAUCGUGGUGAAUUUAAUUUUUUUAUUGAAUCAUUAAAAUUAGAUGAUGAAGGCAUAUAUGCAUGUGAAGUUUCACCUUAUAAUGAUGCAUCAGCAUUAAAACAAAUAGCUCAUAUAAGAACACUUGUUCAACCAGAACGUGUACAAAUCAAUGAUCGACCAUCAUCAAAUGAAAUACCUAUUGUUAGUAUGAGAUAUGAUGAACCAAUUCAUCAAAUAAAUUGUCGAGUUGAUGGUGCACGACCUGCUGCACAAAUAAAAUGGAUUAAUGAAAGUGGAGUAGAAUUUCCAGCUACAACAAGAACAUUUACUCAAGGUCGUCUUUUUUCAACGAUAAGUACUCUUGCACUUACUCCAUCAAUAUCAUUACAUAAAAAUCGUUUUACAUGUGAUGUACGUCAUGAAACAUUAAAUGAUGAUACAAAUAAACUUUCUAGUUCAUUUGAUAUUGAAGUAACAUCACCACCAAGUAUACCAUUUAUUCUUGGUUAUUCAUCAAAUUUUUAUUUAAUUAAUGGUUCACGUUUAACAUUAUCAUGUCAAUCACGUGGUGGUCAUCCAUUAGGUCGAUUAUCAUGGUAUAGAUUAGAAAAUAAUAGUGAAACAUUUAAUUUAAUUGAUAAUUCAUUUGUUUUAUUUUAUCAACAAAAUAUAACUGAAAAUAAUAUAACUAUGAUUAUAUCACCAUCGGAUAAUAAUGUUACAUUAUCAUGUCAUGUAACAAAUUCUUAUCUUUAUUCAUUAGGACAACGUUUACAAAAGAAUAUUACUUUACAAGUUGCUUUUGGUCCAUCAUCAGUUCAAAUACGUGGUAAUACACCUGAUACAAAUGUAAGUGUAACAACAUUAAUUGAAGGAACUACACGACAAUUUGUAUGUCGAACAUCAUCAUCAAAUCCACGACCAGUGGUUGUUUGGAAAUUAGAUGGACAAGUUAUUGUUAGUGAUAUUGAUCCAUUAGAAGAACAAGGAGAACAUGCUGGUAAAACAAUACAAUUAGUUAAAACAAUUGGUUUAGAUAAAGAAUUAAGAGAAUAUCAUACAAAAAUACUUUCAUGUGAAGCAAGAAAUCCUGAAACUGGACAUAUUGUUAUUGAUUCAACAAGAUUAAAUAUUAUAUAUGAUGCAACAAGUAUUGAAAUGCAUGGUGUAACAAAAGAUAAAAUAAUUAAAGCUGGUGAUACAAUUAUUGCUGAAUGUACUCUUACAGGAGGAAAUCCAUUAGGAAAAAUAAAUUGGUUUAAAGGCAAUGAAUUAAUGCGUUCAGAAUAUAUAAGUGAAGCAAGAGGAAAAUAUGCAUUAAGUCGUGUAGAAUUUAUUGCUUCAGCAUUUGAUAAUAAUCUUCCAUUAAUAUGUAAAGGACAAGUGGCAAAUUUUCCUGAACGUACUGCUUCAUUUACAUUAAAUGUUGUUUUUCUUCCGGCUGAAAUGAGAAUAAUUAAUAGUUCAAUUUUAUCAAAUUUAUCUGUUGGUUCAGAUAAUCUCGGAGAAUUUGAAUGUCGAACAUCAAUAUCAAAUCCUCAAGCAAAAUUAACUAUAAUUAGACAAUCAAAUGAUGGAAUUAAACAUUCAGAUAUUGCAUCUAAUAUACGAAGCAUUUAUACUAAUGGAAUUAAUUCAAUUAAAUUUAUGUUACCUCGAAUUGAUCUUUCUUUACAUGGAAAUUUAUUAACAUGUGAAGCAACAUUAGAUAUUGAUACAACACCAUUAACUAAACAAGUUACUUAUGUACUUAAUGUUAAUCAUAAACCACAUUUUCAUGAUUUUCAUGCAUUUGCUGAUGUUAAAGAAAAUCAACCAUUUAAUAUCACACUUGAAGCAAGUGCUUAUCCAAUGCCAAUUACUUAUACAUGGUAUCAUCCAUCGGGUAGACAAUUGUUUACCGAUCAAUCAAGAAUAUUUAUUAAUCAAGGACAAUUAUCAUUAACAAGUGUACAAAAAAGUGAUUUAGGUAUUUAUAGAUGUAUAGCGACAAAUACCUAUGGACAUACUGAAGUUAAUUUUACUUUAAAUGUUCUUUAUGGACCAGUUAUUACUCGAACACGAGGUUAUUCAAUAUCAGAAGCAAUAAUACCAGGUUCUUCUGUAACACUUUUAUGUGCUAUUGAUGCUAAUCCAAUUGAUUUAAAUAAUAUACGAUGGUUUAAAAAUAAUGAAGAAUUAUCUUUAAUAAAUAGUGGUAUUCAAUGGGAAAAACGUAUUGAAGGAAAUGAAGCAUCAUUAAUUGGAAAAUCUAUACGUAAAGAAGAUGCUGGACAAUAUGCAUGUGAAAUAGAUAAUCUACAUGGAAAUAGUCGUGCAACAAUACCAUUAGUUGUACAAUAUCCACCAGAAAUUGAUCGAAGUGAUUUAAAUCGAAAUAAAGCAGCAGCUGAUUCUGAUCGUUCACUUACAGCUGAACUUCAUUGUUAUAUAUCUGCUGUACCUAGACCAAUUGUAACAUGGAUCAAGGAUAAUCAAGCAUUAUUAGCAUCAUCAAAAUAUCGAUUUGUACUUAAUGAACGAAUUAUUUCACCUUCUUCUUUUUCUCCAAAACUUCUAUUUGAUGCUGUUCUUUAUAUUUCUAAUGUUACUAAAUCUGAUUAUGGUAUAUAUCAAUGUAGAGUCGAAAAUACAUUAGGAAUUGAUACAACUGAAAUAACAUUAACUGGAUUAACUGUACCUGAUGUUCCAACUCAAGUUCGUAUAACAAAUACAUCUCAUUCAUCAUUAUUAAUUAGUUGGAUACCAGGUUUUGAUGGUGGUUCACGUCAAAAAUUUCAAAUUCGUUAUCGUCUUUCAUCAAAUGAUCGUUAUUCAUAUGAAGAUGUAUCAUAUAAUGAACAAUUAUUUGAUUUAAAAAAUUUAGAAUUAGCUAGUGAAUAUUAUAUAAGUAUACGUUCAAAUAAUUCUUAUCAUUUAAGUGAAUGGACAGAUGAAAUAAAAGCUUCAACAUCACGUUAUUUACCAUCAUCACCAUUUUAUCCAUUUACAAAUACAAAUAAAACAUCAAGAUUUUCUUUAACUGUUAUUGUGAUUGUUGCUGUAUUUGGUUUAUUUAUAUUAUUAAUUAAUAUUAUACUUAUAUCAUUAUUUAUAAUGAAACGUCGACGAUCAAAUAUAACAAGUGAUAAUUCAUCAACAACAGGUACAAAUGAAACUGAAGCUAAUACAGUUGAUAUAUUUCAACCAAUACCAUCAAAUUUAUUUUUUGAUCGACCAUAUUCAUCAACAACAAAUGCUUAUCCAUUUAAUACAUAUCAAAAAUAUGAAGAAGAUGAUGUUAAACGACCAUUUGUACCAUCAUAUUCAUCAGCAACAUUAACACGACUUACUCCUAAUCAUAGUCGAUUAUGGCCACAAGAUGAUAUAUCUUCUUAUUUGGCAUUGGAUACAAGUAUUAGAACAGGAGGUUGUUCACCUUAUGCUGCGAAAGGACGAUUUUCUCCAUAUGAUAAUGUACGAUUACAUCAUUAUUCUCCAUCAAGUAUUAAUAAUAGUCUUGUUACAUAUAGAAGUUUUAAAGAUGGUGUUGAUAGUACAACAGUUACACAUGGAUGUAUAAGAGCUGAACUUGUUUAA